CGGCUGUCGACGACCCGUCCAGCUACGACCAUCCUGUCUUCCUCGCCACUGCGUCCCUUGGGAGAUGCUUUCACUGUGGAGUCUCGUUGUAUCGCUCCUCUUUCAAGGCGUCCAUUCAUGCCUUACCGCUCGGCGCACGAAAUCCGGGAAUCUGUGGACUCUGAUUUCCGUUCUGAUCAUCUUGUCGCCAGGAGUCUAUUCCUAUAUCCCUGCCUCACCGACAAACUCGACCCAAGACGCAAUAGCUGGUGGACUCAAUAUCACGGAUGUUUCCAAGCUUCAUUUACAGUGGUAUUCAAAUGGAUCGUACUGGGAAACUGUGUCAUAUCAGUUGGUUGGUCACGACAGUCAGGGAAUCAGCAAGGGCGCCCUCGUGCAUUUCUCGGAGACGUCGGUUAAUAACAAUACCCCUGCAACGACGACUCCUUGGAUCGCUCUGGUUUCCUGUGACUUCAACGCUACGAAUGCUUCUCAGGAGAUCGAUAUAUUCACACUUGCGCGCGACAAGGGUGCUGUUGCAGCUCUUCUCUACUCCCUCUACUCAACGGCUUGCGUAAUCAACCCCGAAUACGCAGAUCCACAAACCUUUGACCAAGUUUUCGAUAUUUUCUCCACUCAAAGUCUUACUUCUGCCCAUCUCAUCGAAUACCAGUUCGGUCAAAUAGGGUCCACUAACGACAGCAUAUCUGGAACCUACGACUCUCAAAGGCUUAACGACUCAGCAGCAAUUAUGAACGCGACUAUAUCUUCUGGAUACGCAACCUCAUCUGGUUUCCUGUAUGCCACUUUACGGGCAUAUAAUGCUACGGGCGAUGAUAAUGACACAUCUACGACAAGUAGUAGUUCUGGAUCAGGCAGUGAUCAGCAAGGGGGUUCUUCUAAUACUGCUUUAGCCAUGAUUGUAUUAUACGCCAUCACAGGUUGUGUAUCCGCUCUCUUCUGUGUUAUUAUUGUCACCGGUGCGAUUCGUGCUAUCCGACACCCCGAGAGAUACGGCCCUCGAAGGCGUGGAGGAGGCGAGAUGUACCAGAGCCGCACGCAAGGUCUUACACGCGCAAUCUUAGACACGUUUCCGAUCGUCAAGUUUGGUAGCUCGCAAGCAAGGGGUCCAAACGUGGCUUUCAAGGAUCCGGAAGCCGUCGACCCCCAUGCUCCAACUAGCGCCGCGAUUCAGAUGCAAGGCUUGAGUGAUGAUGCCGCAGCUGGGCAGCCAGCUGUUCGUCGACCGUCGCGACGGCAAACUCAAGAAAACAACGCCGACGCCGCAGCCUCCACCUCCGAUGAUGGUCAAGGUGAGGGUCACUCUCGUAGUGGCCAACCCGGCCAGAACUCUGAAGACGUCCCUGUGCCUGCUGCUAUUGGUCGGGAAAUAUGUCCUAUCUGCAUAGUGGACUUUGAGGAAGAUGACGAUGUUCGGAUAUUGCCAUGUGAAGGCCAUCACCGGUUCCAUCAGCAAUGCGUGGAUCCCUGGCUUUUGGAAUUGUCCAGUUCUUGUCCUAUUUGUCGACAAGAUUUCCUUGCCCUUGAGUCGAUGCUGUCAAGGCCAGGUGAUGUUGAUGGAAAUGAAGAAUUUCAUCCUAAUCUCCCAGACGGUCAUGCACACAGUACUGGGGGCAGCAGCCGUUUCUCACGUUAUAUACGUUCGGCAGUGAGAAGGCGUCGACAAGACGAAAAUGGCCCUACAGAACCUUACCUGCCUACUGCCGCACACACCACAGUUUAAAUAUAUCCGAACAAUACCUUCUGCACACUCCUUUACCUCUUCUGUACCACCAAAAUCCAUUUGUAUGUAUGAGUCAAGUAUAUCCAUUGUUUUAACGCGAUUAUAU